UCUCAAGGAAAGGAACAUGAGAAAUAGGUACCCCAGCACCUCCCAGGGCGGGGCUUCCUGGCUCACUUUUCCUCUGCGCGCUUUCUCUGCACCCAGGGACACCUUUAGCUUCAUUUCCUGAUCUGACAGCCUCACCUGCAGUGCUGUCCUAGCUGGUGGAGCCGGCAGGAAUGCAGCAGACAGCACUCGCUCUCCUGGCCUUGGCUGCCUGUGUGGCUCUUCGCACCUCGGAAGCCAUACUUCCCAUUGCCUCCAGCUGUUGCACCGAGGUUUCACAUCAUAUUUCCAGAAGGCUUCUGGAAAGAGUGAAUACAUGUCGCAUUCAGAGAGCUGAUGGGGAUUGUGACUUGGCUGCUGUCAUCCUUCAUAUCAAGCGCAGAAGAAUCUGUGUCAGCCCACACAGUCAUAAUAUUAAGCGGUGGAUGAAAGAACAAGCAUCCAAGAAAAAUGCUAAGGGCAACAUUUGCCAUAAGAAGAAACACCACAGCAAGAGGAACAGUAAAGAGGCACGUCAUAGGAAACAUGAAACACAUGGCCAUGAAAAUCCCUAUUAGAGAGUUUACGAGUGAAUCUACACACGAUUCCUGAAGCGAACUUGGCCAUGGUUGGUUAUAAAGUUAUCAUGUGAAUGUUCCUUAUUGGAAGCCAAGAGGGCAAAACAAAAUAUAUAUUUUUAAAAGGAACAAUUAUACAGUAUGCAAAUGUAGCCAAUAAUAUACUCAACUGAAAAAUGAAAUGAAAGGAUAA